GUUGUUACCAAUCGCUUGGCCUGCAACAUUACGCAUGCUACUGGAGCAUCUACUGUGUCGAAUCGGAUCAGUUGAUUACCACGUUGGUUGUAAACCUGAGGCUCAAUGGAAAAUGAGUACAAAUAGUACUCAAGAAUCUCAGGAGGCUCCUGCUGAGGCUGCUGAGAAAAAUGACCGCGCUGACGAAUCUGCAGAAGCGUCUUUGCUUGCGGCGCUCACUCUGUUAGAAUUGAACCGCGCAACUUUCGUGGAUGGAGACUGUAUAUUUGGGUUGCGGCACUCGCAGGAGUGUCUCUUGAGACUCAUGGAAGCGUUGUUUGUCACUCAUGAAAAUGCUAGGCCUAGUCCAAGUCCGUCUGUGGUUGGUGGAGAAACUAGUACUUGGCAAACGUACAACCAGACCAGACAUUUGCGAAGAAUAGUUGCUUGCUCAAGUAGAGAACUGCAGAGAGCGAAAAAAGCACACGAGCGCUUUCUUUACGAGAAAAAACGAAUGACAUGCAGCAGCAAGCAAGAAAGCCAGCCUGAAGGAGCAAAGGAAAUCGUCAAGGCGCCGCAGCCUGGUGAAAUAAAGAUUAGCAUCGAUGAUUACGUAAAUGAACAAGCUGAGUAUGGUUUUCUUGACGGUAAACAAGAUACGAUUGAGAUUGCUGCAGUGAUUGCUGCAGGAGGGGCGGACAAUACUGCCAUAAUUAGUGGUGGCACAAGUCAAAUCCGUGGUAGUGGAGAAGCCACGAAUGAAACAAGACCACAAGAAGACGAUGUACCUGGACAAGAAAAGCAGAAGAAAGAUGGCGAUGCGGCUCCUGAUCACGGCGACAGCUAUUGCGAUGCAGCGCCACGGGUUUCGUUCACGCUCCUGGAAAUACUAAAGACGUGGAACAGCCAACCGCCUUUUAUGCGAAGGUUCACAGAACGACGCUCCCGCAUUGCUACCACUUUGGAUAGUCUCUGCGCCGAUGUCGUCCGGGAGACUGCUACCUUCCUCGUCUUGGAGGAAGCUACGAGUCAUAGCAAUAAGCGAGAACCAGAUUCAGUACCUCCAGGUCCAUUACCCGCCGAUACAACUAAUACACCCACCGCUGAAUUUGUUCAUGAAAGGAGCAUCCGCUUCCGCAUCGACAAGAUUCAGGCCUCUCUCGAAACUUUGCUAGCCCAAAGCUUGCCCAAUUUAGCCUGGCAAAGCUUCCAAAAGCUCUUCCAUGUAUUCCGCGCGUCGUUGCAGUCGGUCAUCCUUGCGCGAAGAUGCGUGGUCUUUUCAGAUGAGGUGGACGUGGAUGUCGCGAUCGAUUUCAGCUCCCUUGUACGUCAUUGGGUGGGAGAGGCAACGCGAGAUCACUAUGCCGCGAAGAAGACUUGGAUAAAUCUGGUCCAGCAUCAUGAAAAUGAUGGCAGUACCAUUGGUAAAAACGUGUUGAUUCCAUAUGACGAGGAAGGUACGACGGAUAGAGGUAGAGAAGAGUAUCAAAAGAUAGAACAAUUGCCAUCUUGGAAACCAUGGCAUCCACCCACGCAGGUGGCUUCUCAAGAUGCUAACACGAACAAGAGUAAGCUCCUUCAGGUUGAAAAGAAUGAUUUCAGAACCUCUUUGCUAUCUGAUUUUAUGCAAAAGAUAUUCUGAAAAAUUUUUGGACUCCUCCAGUUCCGUUUCUUAAAAGCGAAGAGCCAAGAACACGAACAGCAAAGCUUGCUCCUGGAUGAAGAACCUUACUCAGACUGUUGCACCACACUUCCACGGCAC